CGUCUAACUUCAGUUUUUUUUCUGUGGAGAGAAAAAAAAAAUGGUUUAAAGGGCUGGGUUGUGUACUUAUUUCCUCAGCCUUAUAUGCAGUAGCACUAGUUCAAGGCUUUAAACCGGCGAGGCAGACAGACAAGCAGGGAGCUUUUUGUUUUAAUUUAAUCAGAGGACAUCACCAAGGGGGUGGGGGUAAGGACGGACAUAGGAGCAGGGAAUCCAACACGGCUGUUUGUGUGUUUGCGAGCGCAAAAACCGGCCUUGCAGAAUAGCUAAUCGUCACAAUGAGUGAUACGGCCAAAGGCAAUCAGGCUGUCUCUGCGAAAGACAAGGAUGGGACGGAGAAAAGGGGCCGCGGAAGACCGAGGAAACAGCCGCAAGUAAAAAGUGUUGACGAGCCCAGUGGGUCCCCCUCUCCGAAGAGGGGCCGGGGCAGACCGAAGGGCAGCAGAAACAAGACCGCCCCCAAGAGCAAAAGCGUGCCGGUGUCUGCAGGUGGAAAACGCAGAGGAAGACCCAAGAAAGAAGCGGAGAAGGAAGAGGAGCGGGCAUCCCAGCAGUCUUCUGAAGAGGAGGAUGAAGAGGAGGAAGAGCAGUAACUAGUUUGCAACCCGCACUACCUCAUAAUUCAACUUGCUGACUUCCUGUCAACCGGAGCUGGACUGAACUCCAAUACAGUUGCAUUAAAUCCCUCUCCCCCACCAAACCCCAACUCCUUUAUAUAUCCUGGUUGUUUUUUCAUAGCCCCCCAUCACAAAGGGAGGUGUACACACAGGUAACCAUCCUGCUAUCUGCAACAGCACUGGAAAACAAACUAAUGUUUUACAUGCAUAUAUAUAAAAAUGUAUACCCUGAAUAUCUAUGUUUAUAUAUAUAUAUAUGUGUGUGUAAAAAAACAAAAAAAACAAAACAAACUGACUACAGUUAACUUUCCGAAUGGGUUUUUGCAAACCGUGGUCUUUUAUACUGGACAAAGGUGAAUUUGCCUACACUUACAUUGUUUUUAAUUGUUUUUUGUUUGUUUUUUUUCCUUUUAAGUUUUGUGUUUUGGAGUGAUAAUUCAAGGUAAACAGAUCUGUCCCCUGCACCUACUUGACUGCUAGUUUGGAGGUAGCAAGCAUGUUCUAGUCAAUUCUCCCUCCUCCCUCCUUCCAGUGUAACAUUUUUGUAAGCCUCUGCAAUUGCCUAACCCCCCCCCAAUCAGUAUGAACGUUUUAUAUACAUUGCAAAAGGGUGUCUCAUUAGGCAGUUUCCGCGAUACACAACCUGACAAUGUAAUCUAUUGUCAGAAGUGGUUAGGCUGUGUGUUGGGCUAUAUGGGUGUGACUGAAUCAUUCUGAUUUUGUUUUAGUUUUCAGUUUUUGUUUUUUUUUGUACAACUUAUUUUGAUACAACAAAUAAAAAUACGCUGACAUGA